AUGCAGAGGCGUUACUGCAGGGAGCAUCUAUUCGAUAAAUCUGCUAUUCGGAAGUAUUCCAGUACUUCCCCUACUGUUGCUGUAAUAGGAGAGCUUUUGGACUACGUCUUCUUCACAUAUGGAAAGAAAUUGCUACAGUUCACUGGGAUGAAUCUGCCCGCCCCGGUUAUCAGCAGUAAAAAUUGGCUGAGGCUUCACUUCACAUCUGAUGGCAACCACAGGCAGAAGGGGUUCAGCGCCCAGUACCAAGUCAAAAAGCAAAUGGAACUGAAAUCCAGAGGGGUGAAGCUAAUGCCAAGCAAGAACAGUAACCAGAAGACAUCAGUGUUAACUCAGGUUGGUGUGUCCCAGGGACAUAAUAUGUGUCCAGACCCUGGGAUUCCAGAGAGAGGCAAAAGAAUAGGCAACGAUUUUAGGUUAGGCUCCAGCAUCCAGUUCACCUGUAACGAGGGCUACGAUUUACAGGGGUCCAAAAGCAUCACCUGUAAGAGAGUGAGCGACAUCAUUGUUGCCUGGAGUGACCACAGGCCGGUGUGCAGAGCACGGAUGUGUGAUAUGUACCUCCGUGGUCCCAGCGGUGUGAUAACAUCUCCCAACUAUCCCGUCCAAUACGAUAACAAUGCCUACUGCGUGUGGGUCAUCACUGCGCUCAACCCAGCCAAGGUUAUCAAACUGACCUUUGAAGAAUUUGAACUAGAAAGAGGAUAUGACACUCUGACAGUUGGUGAUGGAGGACAAGUGGGAGACCAGAAGUCUGUGCUUUAUGUCUUGACAGGCACCACAGUCCCCGACCUCAUUGUCAGCACACAGCACCAGAUGUGGCUCCUCUUCCAGACAGACAGUGUCAGUAACCUGCUGGGAUUCAAAGCGACGUACGAAGCUGAUGAUGCUUGCGGAGGGACGCUGAGGGGACAGAGUGGAAUUAUCUCAAGCCCACACUUUCCUUUGGAGUAUGGCAAUAAUGCAGACUGCACGUGGACUAUUCUCGCUGAACCCGGAGACACCAUUGCUCUGGUGUUCAUGGAUUUUCAGCUGGAAGAUGGAUAUGACGUUUUAGAAGUUGCUGGAACAGAGGGAUCUUCGCUCUGGUAG